AUGGACAAUAACAGAAAGACUCUCGAUUCUUAUUUUUCUUCAUCUACUCAAAAGAAGAGUAAAUUAAUAGUGUCGCAAUCUGAUGAUGGUAAUAAUCAAAAUAUUACUUUACAAUCAUGUGAUUCACAUACAUCUCGUGUUACUAUUAAUGAUGAACCUGUUGAAACUUCUCUAAUGAAUUCGUCUCAAAAUGUUAGCGUUGAAAAAGAGGAAAACGUGCAACCUGAAGAAAAGCGAGUUGGUGAAGUAUCUGCUGAUGUUAUCGAUAUUAGUCGCUCAUGUCAAAAUCCACCUACUCAACCUAAACUAGCUUCAUAUCCAAGAAAUAAUGAAAAUAGAUCGUUUACGGCAAAAUGGUAUGAUGGACGUCCGUGGUUAGAAUAUUCAAUCAAAACAGAUACUGCUUACCUAAACUCAAGGGAUGGUCAGAUAUUCGAUGGAACUCACGAUGGAGUUCAAUUAAUGCUAUUAUAG